UUCAUGUGUAAGCUUUGUAACUUAUUUUCACCAAAUCAAUCCGAACUAUUGUCUCACGUCUCUGAGAAGCACACAGAAGAAGGGACCAAUGUGGAUGACAUCAUUAUUCCACUCCAACCUCUAACAGUACCCACCAGUAUAAACAAAGAUGGAGAAGACCUUCUUGUAGUGAAGAGGAAAAGGGGCAGACCAAAAGGGUCUACUAAGAAGUUUUGUACGGAUGAAGAUGUGGCAGAAAAUAACCCUGUUCCAAGUGAAGAAACUCCACCUGGGACAGAAGAAGCACCAGAACUGUCUGAAGUCUCACCAGGCAGCUUGGAAUGUAGGAAAUGCAAUCGGAAGUUCUCCAACACGCGUCAGCUGAGGAAACAUAUCUGCAUUAUUGUUUUAAAUGAAGGAGAGGAGGAAGGAGAUGGAGGUAAUGAUUCUGACGUUGACCUUGACAGGAAGGAAGAUGAGCGAGAAAAAACUCCAAAGAGACCCAGAGUUCAGAAAACAGAGAAAACUCCGUCAACUAAGGAGACUGAACAGGUUUCAGGAGCUAAAAAUCCUAUUAUAAGUGUGGUUUUGACAGCCCAUGAAGCUAUUCCAGGAGCCACAAAAAUUGUUCCUGUUGAGGCUGCUCCCCAAGAAAGUGAACCCACAACUCCAGAGGCAGCAGUUCAAGACGCAUCACAACGAAGAGGAUAUCAAGAGUAUGCCAUUCAGCAAACCCCAUAUGAACAGGCAAUGAAAUCAAGCAGGUUGGGUCCAACUCAACUGAAGAUUUUUACAUGUGAAUACUGUAACAAGGUGUUCAAAUUUAAACACUCCCUCCAAGCACAUUUGAGGAUUCACACAAAUGAAAAACCUUACAAGUGUUCAUACUGCAGUUAUGCCAGUGCAAUCAAAGCCAACCUUAAUGUUCACAUGCGGAAACAUACAGGGGAGAAGUUCAGCUGCGAUUACUGCACGUUCACUUGUCUCAGCAAAGGCCACCUCAAAGUCCACAUUGAAAGAGUUCAUAAGAAAAUUAAGCAGCAUUGUCGCUUCUGCAAAAAGAAAUACUCAGAUGUUAAAAAUUUGAUCAAGCACAUCAAGGAAACGCAUGACCUUCAAGAUAAAAAGGUGAAAGAUGUUUUUGACGAGCUUCGGUUGAUGACACGAGAGGGCAAAAGGCAACUUCUUUAUGACUGUCAUAUUUGUGAACGCAAAUUCAAAAACGAACUCGAUCGAGACCGUCACAUGCUCGUUCAUGGUGAUGAAAGGCCCUUUGCUUGUGAGCUCUGCGGUCAUGGAGCCACUAAAUACCAAGCCCUUGAGCUUCAUGUUCGAAAGCACCCGUUUGUAUACGUGUGUUCUGUGUGCCUGAAGAAAUUUGUCAGUUCUGUAAGACUUCGUGCUCACAUCAAAGACGUUCAUGCAGAUUUGCAGGAAACUUCUGUUUUUAACAGUUCUAUCAAUCAGAGUUUCUGCCUGCUUGAGCCGGGAGGUGAUAUCCAGCCAGAGGCCCUCGGUGAACAGCUAGCCCAAAGUGCAGAUGAAUUGACUGCCGUGAGCACUGAUGCCGUGAGCGUGCCACAACCGUCUGCUUGUAAAGGUGAAUCAACAGCUGCAGGUGUAAACCGUAGUGGUCAACAUAAUGGUGACCUAAAAAUCAAUGCGGUCCCUUCCUUAGAAUUCGAAAGUCCUCUGGUGGAGAAUGUAACAGAGACGCUGUGUCAGACAACAGACACAGCGGUCCCAAACAUUCAACCCUGUGUAGCGUCAGAUUGCUUUCUAAUGAAAAAUGGUACUUCUGGUCCUGGUGAGUUAAAAGUUUCUCCUGCAAAUGAAGAGGAAGUUAAUCACUGCAGUUCUGUAAAUGAGCAGGGUGAAGAAAUUCAGCUUUUGCUGUCUGAAGACAAAAGUUUAAAUCCGAGUCAGAAUAAUACAGUGACCGAGAACCUUUCAGCGUCUGAAGCGAGAAAUCAAUCUGUUCCUUCCAGCGAAUCGGAAACAAGCAAUCCAACGGUUCAAAAUUCAGCAGAAACCACAAACCCUUUGCCAACACCAGAAGCUAAUGCAGCCAUCAGUCCACAGGCAGCCUCGACUAAUGCAGUUACAUCAGACAGUGGGAGUGGAGCUGUUGCCUUUAUGCAGAUCUUGGAUAGCUUGCAAAAGAGACAAAUGAACACAGAGUUGUGUGAGAGGAUAAGGAAGGUUUAUGGAGACUUAGAAUGUGAAUAUUGUGGCAAGUUGUUUUGGUACCAAGUGCAUUAUGACAUGCAUGUUCGUACGCAUACUCGAGAACAUUUAUAUUACUGCUCCCAGUGCAAUUAUUCUUCCAUCACCAAAAACUGCCUUAAGCGCCAUGUCAUUCAGAAACACAGUAAUAUUCUGCUGAAAUGUCCCACAGAAGAUUGCGACUACUCUACUCCAGAUAAAUACAAGCUCCAGGCACAUCUUAAAGUUCACACGGAACUGGAUAAAAAGAGUUAUUCCUGUCCUGUGUGUGAGAAGUCAUUUUCUGAAGAUCGACUUAUAAAAUCUCACAUCAAGACAAAUCACCCUG